AUGAAUGCGUAUCACAAUAAUCCCCCAAAUACGAUGCAGCUGGGAGAGAGGUCUAAGAAUUGCCCGAUCUUCCUCGGUGUCGGUGUCGGAGGAUACGAGGAAGUAUGGUAUGAGUACUGCCGCAAAAGCAAAGAAACCCCCGGCCGACAAGAAAAGUGUCCAUGGAUUUUCCACAGAGGGCCAGAUCGGAUGGCUUCAUGUUCAUCAAUGCGGACCAGCGGUACUAUAGACGCACUGUGGACCCUCAGAAUUGGAAUCGUACAGAGAAGAUAA